AUGUCGGACUUUGGCCCCUCUUCCGCCGCAUCUGGUGAGGACUUGUCCUUGCCCAAGGCUACCGUACAGAAAAUUAUUGGCGAGGUAUUGCCCAAAGAUAUUGCCAUCUCCAAAGAAGCUCGUGAAGCCAUCACCGAGUGUAGCAUAGAAUUCAUCAUGAUCUUGUCCACACAGCUGAAUGAUAUUGCAGAGAAAGAGGCCAAGAAGACCAUAGCGUCGGACCAUGUGAUCAAGGCGUUGGACGAGCUUGGAUUUCACAACUACUUGGAUAUCAUCAACAAGGUGUUGGAUGAGCAUAAGGAGCUCUUGAAAGGAAAGGAAAAGAAGAAUAACAAGUUUCUUAAUUCUGGUUUGAGCGAGGAGGAGUUGUUGAGACAACAGGAGGAGUUGUUUAAGAAAUCGCGUGCCCGUUUGCAGAGCAGUGGGUCACCUACUUCUGAGAUCAAGCAGGAAAUCUAG